AUGCGCCAAGCGCGCGACAGGCAAAGAGAAUCAAUUGCUCUCAGUGGUUCGAACCCUGGCAAAUCCGUCGCUAACAUCUUCCGUCAUCGGUCCUCAUCUAAGCGUGGUCACGAACUUCCACCCCUGCUUAAUGAUAACAAAGUCUUCCUCACCGAGGACACUGACAAGGCGGAGUUGUUUAGUGCUUUCUUUGCAAAACACCUUGCCACCGAGUCCGAUCCGGUCCCUUUCUUUCGAUCACUUCCAAAUAGGACACCAGGUACAAUUGAUGUCUCCUCAGAUCUCAUUAAGAAACACAUAAGCCGUUUGAAAUACUCACACUACUCAGGAACGGACGGGAUUCCGAAUUCGAUUAUUAACCAAGCGUCCGACCUUCCCAUAUUGCUUAGUCCUUUGUUCUCUGUUUAUAUUUCAAAAGGAUUCUUUCCUGAAACAUGGAAAACGUCAAUUAUCAUUCCCGUUUUCAAGUCAGGAUCUCGGUCCGAUGUUAAUAACUAUCGGGGCGUGCACAAAACGCCGUCUCUAGCAAAACUUCUUGAAAGGAUUAUUUUCAAUGAAAUUCUUGACUUCUGUCUAGCUAAUCGGCUUCUGAGCUCUAGUCAGCAUGGAUUUUUACCUGAACGAUCCUGCGAAACACGUCACUUGGCUUUUCUUAAUCUAAUCACUUCUCUUCGUAAUGAGCGGCAGUCAGUGGUAGUUAUUUACUUUGACCUUAGCAAAGCCUUUGACAAGGUGCCCCAUAGACGUAUUUUAGUAAAAUUGGAAGCCCUCGGCAUCCGGCCGCCUCUACUCGACUUCAUCAGGUCCUAUCAGUCCAACCGAUAUCAGAAAGUCAUGGUCGGUAAUAGCUACUCGACACCCCACUCGAUCACGAGUGGCGUACUUCAAGGCACGGUCCUGGGUCCGCUACUCUUCCUUCUGUACAUCAAUGAUAUUUCGACUGAACUCGGAAAUUUGCAAACUUUUGCUUGUUCCGAUGACCUCAAGUGUGUUUACUCAUAUUCUAAGGACACCGCAGACGUUUGUGUUGAAAAAGUUAGCGCCGACUUACUACCCUUAAGCAGAUGGGGUUCAACAUGGCAGACGCAGUAUUCAUCAUGCAAGUGUAGUUUCAUGUCUUUUGGUCCUGCCAAACUUCCUGGUCCCAUAAUUUUUCAGAAUAACCUACUCUCAGAAUGCCUCAUCAUAAAGGACCUAGGUCUAAGUUAUACAAAUAAGGAAUAAGCUUGCUUUAUCACCUCAUGCAGAUAGAAUCUCUGCCAAAGCCGCGCAGAUAUGUGGAUUCAUAUCGCAUAAUUUUUUCCUUCCGGAAAUGAAGCUAAGACUUUAUCAAAUGCUUGUUCUUCCAGUCCUCGAAUACUGCUGUCCUUUCUUCGGUUUAAUGAACGCCUGCGACCGUAAUAAAAUGGAAAAUGUUCAGAGAGUUUUCACCCGGAAACUGUUCUCUCAAGCUUCGUCCAGUAUUUCUUAUACGCAGAGAUGUCAGCUGGUGAACAUGAAGUUUUUGUGGGUUAGAAGACUCGAAGCUGACCUGUGCUUCCUUUUUCGCAUCAACUGUAGCUCCAGUCUUCCGCACAUUGACACUCUCACUCCGAGAGAUCGGUCUUAUGCCACGCGCAACUCCUGCAUGGUGAUUCCGCCGCCUCUUUGUACUACAUCUAAGCGCUCCCUCUUCUUUGCUUCCAAAUAUGCCUUCCUUUGGAAUAAUCUUCCACCGGGAAUUAUGUCGUCGCCUAAGUUACUGGUAUUCAAGUCGAAAUUACGCAAACAUCUUACACCGGUAAGCAUAAAGGCACUGCUAACGGUCUCAUUCCCGAACACUCAGAUUCUUGACUUCGAGAAGGGUCCUCCUGGGAUUUAGUGGUAGAUUAAGUGGUAACUCUUAAUUAUACCAUUAGAAACCCCUGUUUUGCAUUGGUUUCUAAAUCCACUGCUAUCACUCCCCCCAUAGCGACAAUUUUCGCGAUUUUUGAUGCCAUCUCCCGCAUUUCGACCUCAUGCGGUCUGUCGACGCUCAGGGCGGAACCCUCAGUAUUCGCCGUCUACUAGUAGUUUGGUCGUACCUCCCUUCCCCACUGCUCGGCUGAGCUCGAAGCGUGCUGUGGCUGAUCGCAUCUGGGUUCCUCUCCUCUGGCCUCUUUGACGCGAAUAGUCUCAUGCGGCGUAUCAAUCCGGCCCAGACGAUCUCAAUUGUGAAUCCCGUAUACAAAGCCUCAUGCAAGCCAGUCCUGUCUGACCCGCAUACGUACCUCUCAAGGCUGAGAUUUAUUGCUACCCUGACGAUGACCGACAACAUUCCGUUAUAUACCGCCACCUACAGGCCAGUCCUGCUCGCUUUUUUCCGUCAUUAUUUUUAUUGAGAGGUUUUUUUCUCCUGUUAUAUUAAUCCAAUAAUUUUUAACUUUUUGUAAGGAGUUUUUUUCACCCCUCAAUCAUCAUGUUUCUCAAUGGACUACUAAUUCAGAAACUAUGAAUUGCAUUUUGUAAAGAGUCGGCUUACCUCGUCUAAAACUCGCAUGUAAAUUUAUUUUAACUUGCUUUGAUGGAACCCAGACGGGUCUUUAAUAAAAAAUUAUCUUUUCUAAAUUCCACUGCGCAAGUGAUCGUUCAGGAAGAAAUACAAAAUGACACUAUCAUGCGAAGUUCAGCAUUUAAAUCAGUGUUCAGUGUGCGUUGAUUGUAACCUUGGGGCGCUUAGCAGUAAAACUAUUGGCGUAACUACCGCUUGUCUUUGCCAACUGUUAAUUGCCUUUGAUGCUUCACCCGAGCACCAACGAGCAAGCUUUAGUUGAGGCAAGUCCCUGUAGUGUUUACAGAUUUUUAUUUUAACAAGUGGACUACUAAGACAUGAGUUUCAGGAUGCCGAAAUGUACACAGCAAAUAAUGAGCUCUAAUUCAGCAUGUUAUACAUAUUGCCCGGAAAAUACUAUAUGGUGUUCAGUUUGCGCUCAUGAAAUAGACAGACUUAUGAUGAAAGCGGGAAGCGAACAGUAAAAAAGCUUCUUCAAGUUUGGUUGGAGAGGACAAAAUAAAUGCAAUUUGUUCAGUCUUUAAGGAAAAAAGACUGGCGCAUAUGAGGAGGUAAAUGUGCGGGUGACAGGGCCUUUCUGUGGGCGUGAGUGGAUAGGAGUUCGCAAUGGACGUCAUCAAGGUGGAAUUCCUACACCGGAUGAGACUAUUCGCCGCAGGCGCGAUCAGGAAAUUUUGCGUCGAAAACAGACGUAACCGCCAAGGCGGCAAGCCCAGAUAAACCCAAACGCUAUCGGUCGCAGCCUGUUUAGGAUACAGCCGAGGAGCUGACAUUAAGUGCCGUGGCGGCCAUCAUAGCGUGGGUAGAUGCGACUACGACAAUUCUUUGCUGACCGACCGAACUACUAGCAAAUGGCGAAAACAGAUUAUUCCGCCGUGAUCGACAACAGACGGCUUUGGGUCGAAACAAGGAGAUAACGUCGAAUAAAUCACGCAAAUCAUCGCUGCGGGGAGGAGUAAAAGCAGUGGAUUUAGCAGCUCAUUAAAAACAGGCAGGGUGUAGGGAUGUUCGGCGGUGGAUUCACGUGAUGGUCGUAAUGGUUUGUUCACUUACUCGCAGGUGCAGACUACGCCUAGCACCCAUUUGCUGACACCCAACUCUCACAUGUGGCUCUCCGAAGCUGGGCUCUACCCAGCGGCCAGAACCCGAUAACCGCCUCGACCGGCGGGUUAAACCAGGUGGGGGUAUCCGUGUGCGCUCUGCGCGCACGAUAUUGUGGACUCCGCUGGGCGAUCGGUCGGAUGAAACUUUGCAUCGGCACCGUCGAGAGGAGGCUCCGUCUGGUGCACCGCAGGAGGCCACGAGCUUACGACGAUGCCAUAAGCUCUUCAGACUAAUUCGGGUUGUUCUUCCACUACACCAAAUUCGUGGCACACAGUAGAGUGCGGCAGCGCCUGGCACUACCAAGCAGACCUGUUUAGAGAGGCGCUGCUUGCUCGCAAUGAAAGGGACCAGAAAAUGCGCCUUAACGAUUGCUGGGGAACCACGCCGUCUUCAGGCUGACAGUGGUCACAGAUGUUAUACUCGCGGUCGAAAAAUCAAAAUCGAAACAACAACAACAACAACAACAAUAACAACAACAACAACAACAACAAGAGUGCUCACUAUCUUUCUCUUCCUGCCUAUUCUUCUUCUUUUUACUGUUCCAAUCGCCAGACUGGUAGAGUAAGUCCGCUCGCUCUGGCAGCCCGGAAUGUUUGUUGCCUUUUAGACAAUCUGAGAAGCAACCGACCAGAGCGGAGCACGGCGCUAGUUGCUUAGGGACUGGCGCGCUACAAGGUAAACAUCGUUGAACUCAGCAAGACCCGGUUCUCUGAACAAGACCAACAGGAGGAGGUGGGUGACGGCUACACCGUCUUCUGGAGAGGUCGCCCCAAGGCAGAGCGACAAGACGCGAGUGUCGUCUUUGCCAUCCGGAACGACAGCGUGGGAUGCCUGCCCUGUCUGCCGCAGAGCAUCAACGAUCGCCUGAUGAGACUCCGCCGGCCUCCCCGUAAUGACAAAUUCGCCACAACUGUCAGUGUCUACGCUUCCUGGUGACCAGCCCCGACGACGCGAGGAGCAAAUUCAACGAGGACCUGCACGCACUCCUGGCGUCUGUGCCGAAGGCAGAUAAACUGAUUGUUCUCUGUUACUUCAACGCCCGCGUCCGCACAGACCAUGCUGCCUGGAGAGGAGUGCUCGGUCCCCAUGGUCUCCACGGCUAUGACGAUAAUGGCCUGCUCCUUUUACAAACCUGCGCAGAACACCAACUCAUCCUGACGAACCCAUUCUUCUCCCUGCCGGAACGAAAGGAGGCCACCUGGAUGCAUCCUCGGCCGCGUCAGUGGCCCCUGGUGGACUAUGUCCUCGCCCGGAGGCGAGACCAGCGGGACAUGCAAGUGAAAAAGGCGAUUCCGGGUGCUGACGGGUGUACCGACCGUCGCCUCGUCAUCUACAGCCUUGCAGGAGAUCACGAGGUAAGCGAACCCCAGGUAAGCUGAAUAUGGCCUUGCUGUCUUUGCCUGCUCACCAUGUCCAUGUCAGCGAGGAACUAGCUCAACGGAUAGACAACCUUCCAGUCACUGCCGCCGCCGCCGACACCGCCGCCUCCACCAUCUUCGACGCCGCCAUUCUCCAUCUGCCGCAAGUGGAGACCAACGUGGACCUCGACCUUCCGCCCCCUCUCCAUGAAAAAAUCAGGGCGUGCAGCAGCUCUCUAGUGAGAAGACGCCCGGAUAGGACGCGUUCCAUGCUGAGGUCUACAAGCACGGCGGCCCCCAACUCUGAUCUGCACUCUUCUACGAGAUGUGGCGUCAAGGAGAAGUACCGCAGGAUUUCAAGUACGCCACAGUCGUGCAUCUCUACAAGCGGAAAGAAAACCGCCAGCUCUGCGACGAUCACCGGGUUCGAAGACUAG